AUGACAUCGCAAGCCUCCUCUCGCACUUCUAAACCCCAUCAUCCUACCACCAAGACUUCCACUCUCGACACGAAGACAGCCGCCUCCUCCCGCCCUUCAAAUGCAGAGCAAGGACAUCGGCCAUCCUCAGCCACGUCCCCGAGAACCUCGCGAUGGCAGCCGAAGUUCAAUCGGACACAGAGCUUGAACGAGCAGGAUAUGAAGCAUCAGUUGCAGCAGCGGUUGACGGGGUUGGAGAAAGGGCGGGAGAGCGGCUUCACAGAGAGUGAGAGGGAGGUCAAGGAGGGGGAGAGGGACUGUGAUGGCGAGAUGGGUGAAGGGAUGAAGGGAUGA